GUGAGUAUUGCCGAUGACGAAAGCGUCGUUCGAACUCCCAUCAGACUCCCGUGGAUCUGCUGCAGACGCAGGAAUGACCUUCAGCCAUCUCUCCUAGCUUUUCCUGUGUGGAGCAGCAGCCAGCAUGAUCCCAGUGGGGGAGUUCAGAAACCUGGGCUCCGAACUUAACGCCAAGUAUCGGGUCCUGAAACCAUGGUGGGAUGUUUUCUCGGAGUACCUGUGCCUGGCCAUGCUCAUGAUAGGAGUGUUCGGAUGCACCCUGCAGCUGACUCAAGACAAGAUCGCCUGCCUGCCCAGUCCCUUCACCAGCCCGACCCCAGACGCCAUUGACUGCAGCUACAUCCGAAAUUACGGGGAGAAUGAGUCCCAGGGUCACCCCUCCACUCCAGUCAUCAAGGAGGUGUUUGGCCGUAAGAACAAUCUGGACAUCCACCAGUACGUCUUUGUCAACCACUACUGCUACGAGCGUUUCGUGCACUGGUACGCCAAGUACUUCCCGUACCUGGUAGUGAUCCACACCAUGAUCUUCAUGAUAACCAGCAGCUUUUGGUUCAAGUUCCCUGGGACGUCAUCGAAAAUAGACAUCUUUGUGACCAUCCUUGGGAAAUGCUUUGACUCGCCCUGGACCACGCGGGCCUUGAGCGAGGUGUCGGAGGAAAGAGGGGAGGAGAAACUGGGAAGCUGGAGGAGAAAGACCAUGAGUAAAGAAUCUCCAGACCCACAGGGUGAGGGGGAGGAGGCGGUCGGUCUUCUUCGUUCCUCCUCAGUGAAGUCCAAUCCAGAGAAGGCGGUGCCGGAGCCUCAGUCAGCCCUUACUGUGCUGGACAAAAAGGAAGGGGAACAGGCCAAAGCCCUUUUUGAAAAAGUGAAGAAGCUGAGAACUCACAUUGAAGAAGGAGACAUCUUGUAUCUCAUGUACGUUCUUCAAACGUGCAUUAAGGUCUUCAAGUUCAUUCUGAUCGUCAUCUACACGGCGGCGCUCGUUCUCAACAUUCAGAUCGUGAUUCGCUGCCUGGUUCCCCCGGAACUCACAGGUUUCGACAUCUACUGCUGCAACCACAACAAAGCCCACCUCUUCUCCAAGCUGGCCUACUGCUACAUCUGCUUUGUGGGCGUGUUUGGAAUCCUGUGCAUCUACACCCUCUACUGGCUCUUCCAUCGACCUCUGAAGGUUUACUCCUUUGAGCAUGUGCGGCUAGAGACAGGCAUCAAUGACAUCCCCGAUGUGAAGAAUGACUUUGCCUUCCUCCUGCACCUCGUGGAUCAAUACGAUGCCCUUUAUUCCAAAAGAUUUGCUGUGUUCCUCUCCGAGGUCAGCGAGAGUCGCCUCCACCAGCUCAACCUCAACCAUGAAUGGACAGCGAAAAAGCUGCGCGCUCGUCUGGCCAAGAACGCCAACAACAACUUGGAGCUGCACCUGCUGAUGCUUCCCGGUCUUCCUGACACCGUCUACGACAUCACUGAGAUGCAGUCGCUGAAACUUGAGCAGGUUAAAAGCGUCACCAUAUCACCAAGUGUGGUCAAGCUGGAUGCUCUGCAGGAGCUGUCACUCAUCUACUGCCCCGCCAGGCUCCAGCUGUCAGCCCUCAAUCACCUCAAGGAGAACCUCAGAGUGCUCCGUCUGUCGUUCCAAACUCCAGAGGAGAUCCCUGCAUGGAUGUACAGCCUGAACCGGCUGGAGGAGCUGCACCUCAACGGCCCUUUAGUCAACGACGUGUCCCGAAAUCCUGCGCUUGAGUCUUUUCGCCAGCUGUCAACGCUGCGGAUCCUGGUGAUCCGCUCCAACCUGACCAAGAUCCCGACCAGUGUUGCGGACGUAGCCUAUCAUCUGCAACGUUUAACCAUCUACAAUGAAGGGGUGAAGCUCCAGGCUUCCAGCAGCCUGAAGAAGCUGACGAACCUGGCCUCCUUGGAACUAGUGGCCUGCGAAUUGGAGCGGAUCCCCAGUGCAGUUUUUAGCCUGAACAACCUUCAGGAGUUGGACCUGAAAGAAAACAAACUGACGACCGUGGAGGAGAUCCUGAGCCUGCAGCACUGCGAGCGGCUGACGACUCUCCGUCUCUGGUACAACAAAAUCUCCUACAUCCCCGAUCACAUCAGUAAGCUGCACACCCUGGAGGUCCUGGACAUCAGCUGGAACAAGCUACGAAAGCUCCCGGCCAGACUGUUCUACUGCACCAAACUCCGACACCUCGACGUCUCUCACAACCAGCUCACCAGUCUUCCCCCGGAGGUGGGCAUCCUGCAGAGUCUUCAGUUCUUCUCUGCGGCUUUCAACUCCUUGGAGGUUCUUCCAGACGAGCUGUUCUCGUGUAAAAGGCUCAAGUCGCUGGCUCUAGGGAACAAUCGCUUGGUAGGUCUCAGUUCCAGAGUGGCUAACCUGGCGCAGCUCUCUCAUUUGGAACUGAAGGGGAACCGACUGGACUCUUUACCGAAGGAGCUCGGCGACUGCCCCCUGUUGAGCCAGAGUGGACUCAUCGUGGAGGAUAGCUUGUUGGAUCAGCUCCCUCCAGAUGUUCGCAGCAGUCUAAGGAAAGCACCAGGCAACAGCUCCUGACUCAUCUCAAGCUAGUUGUGAGUUUCGUAUUGACCGUCUGUACUUUUUUUUUUAUUACUCUGAUUGUCCGGACUGUUAUCCACGAUCAUUACGGUUUACUGCAGACAGAUGAGUCCCCCCUCAGGUGAUGGCCUCGGGCGACCUGUCGGGCCGGUCAGUGUCAAGUCAGCUUCUUGGCAAAAUGGUGAGUCGGUCAAAAGGGACUUGUAGCUGCAAACAAUUCGCUGCCACUUGGUUUUACACUAGCUUAGUUUGUGGCACACUACAGUGGCACAUCCUAAACGUUUUACACUGGUGCCCAUGGAAGUGCCUUGAUCAAUCACCAUUAACAUCUUCCCGUCCUUGCUAGUUUUGUAGCAUUGACGAAGGUGAUUUGAGACCCCUGCUGCUGCCUUAACGUCCGCCCUAACACAGGCGUCGCCUGCUACCAAACUACAUUAUGCUGCACAAGGUGAUGACCACUGUCUGUUUGCAGCUGUAUAAAGAUUAUGAUGUGUUUAUGUUUUUGGACAGAGGAUUUUGUGAUAACUUCAUCAUGGCUGCAGCGGUUCAGUCAUGUUCUUGUUUGAAGGACAAAACUAUUAAACUUUUACGAUGUAAGAACGCUGAUUUUUUUUUAUUGAUCUGGGCAGUUUCAUUUUCCCAUCGUUGACAAUGUCCCCAUGCAAAGGUUAGAGCUGACAUAUUCCCAGGCCACGGCCUGCGGGUCAGCCCGUUUGUGGAGUAACAGAGGACAGGUGCUGCUGAUGUUUGGGAAAAUCGACCUAAAUAUUGGAAUCUAUGACGCUUCCCACGCAACUCUGCUGUUUAAAUUACCACGCUUCAGUUAAAUUCAAGAUUAUGGAUCAAUGUGUUUGCAAAGUCAGUGGGCAUGAACAUUCCUGUCCCGUCCACGUUGGUUAAAACCGUCAGAAUAAGAUUAGAUUCAAUAUUCACCUUCAUGCAGGUGUGGUUUUCUGAGAUUAAAUCCACUUCCUGGGGGUCUGUGGAGACAAGAUGGCCGAUCUACUAAAGGAUUUUUGUUGGCGAUAACAUAUGCAGAAAACGGUUUGAGGUGUUGUGAACAUCAUUGAAUGAAGAUUAUUUCUAAAGUAGCUUAUCAACUUCAUUCUAGCUCAUUUUUGCCUUGUGGUACUGCAUAAGUCUCCAGGCGCUUCAUCCGUCUCUGUCACAACAGAGACGGAUGAGAAAACAGAACUCAGCCCGACUCAGAUCCUCGAAUAGGAGAGAAAUUUAAGCAAUCUGUUCGAUUUAUAGCUUAGUGACGCCUCGAUUAAGAUCCAAACUGUUAGCUUCUUCGUGAACUGGUCUUGGAAACAAAGAAACAAACCUGACUGAUCAUUUAUUGGUGUU